UGAGGAGGGAAAAACCUUGAAAAAAGUAUAUUAGCAUUUGUUUUUAUUUCACCAGUUCUAAUAUUACUAGACACCAGUCUUUUCGUUCAUUUUUAGUUUUUUUUUUCUUAGUUUCCUCCAGAGAAAAUAACAUUUGUUUAAUCUCUCAAAAAUUGCUCAGAAUAAUUUUCAAGACCUGAGAAUAAAAUUGCUUUCCAAUUUUUAAGAUCUAAUCAUGGUUGAUGGAGCAUAUGUACAGUUGACAAAAGAGCAAGAUUCCCUGCAGAAUAUCACUCCUGGAGAGCUGAAUCAACCUAUUGAUGUUGUGCAGUUAACAGCUCCAAAGUGCCCUCAAUGUGGUCAAGCCUUGCCAGAAAGUUACCAGCCUCCAGCAACAGAAGAUUGGACUACAGGGAUAUUUGGUUGUGCUGAAGAUCCUAAUAGUUGUUGGACUGGUUUGUUCUGCCCAUGUAUAUUGUUCGGACGCAAUGUGGAAAACUUGAGCGAAGAGAUUUCUUACACAUGUGCAUGCGUUGGGCACAUGAUAUGUGUUGAAGGAGGUAUUACCCUGGCUGCGCUGCUAGCAGCUUUCAAUGGCAUUAUUGAUCCCCAAUCUGUAGGCCUAAUAGCUGAAGGUCUUCUUUGUACUUGGUGGAUUUGUGGUGUUUAUACGGGUAUGGCUCGACAAGCGUUACAAAGAAAGUAUCAUUUGAAGGUAAGAAGCACAACUAAUUGUUUUAUGUCCAAUAUGAUGUUGAAUGGUCGUCAUACUUUCAAGUUAUCCGGCAAUUGCUCUAUUCGUCCCCAAAUUAUUAUACAGUUUGGAUUUUCAUUUCUAGUACAAACGGAAUUAAAAGUAAAAAUCCAAACUGGGCAAUAAUUUUUGUGACAGAUUGAGUAUUUAUUUAAUGGAUUCAUUAACAGAAAAAAAGUAUCACCCAAAUCCGCUGAGAAUGAAUUUUGCAGGAUUCACCAUGUGAACCUUCUCUGGUGCACCUAUGUUUGCACUGGUGUGCAAUAUGUCAAGAACACAGAGAAAUGAAGUGCCAUCUUUCUGAUGACUUCGCGAUGGAAACAACGAUUGUGAAUCCUCCACCAGUUCAAGAGAUGAUGAAUAAUCAUGAUAACAAACGGGAGUCUCCACCUUCUAAUUCUAUCUCUCAAAAUAACCAUGGACAUACAAACUUAGAGUUAGUACCAAUCUAAUGAUCUCCUCCUCUCCCAUGUUCGAUCGUAUUAUAGUUCAUUUGAGUAACUAGAAGCCAAACCUUCACAAAUUUUUGAGGCUCUUUUGGCAUAUUUAAACAACUUAAAAUCUUACGCAUGAUUGAAAUAGCACGGUGUACUAUGUAAUUGAACCUUCUGCUUUAGCAUCAUCUAUGUAAGUAUCACAAAGUAGAUUAUCAAAAGUACUAUCUUUGUCUCAAAAUACAGCCCACAUUGAGUUUUAAGAUUUGUAUUAACACCGUGAAUUAUCUUUUCUGAGAUGUAGGGAAUAGUUUAUCUUGAUAAUCUAUUUUAUUAAAUUAAAAUAAUAUCAAGUAGAUUGUUAAAUUAGAAAUGAAUAAUACAG